AUGGCUGCAAUUCCUGGCUCGACUGGGGGUCCGGCUAUGGACCCUUUCAGCAAGCUUCAUUCCGACACAGGUUCUUUGUUGCACGAAGCAGAGGCGAGGCCUGAAUUUCAACAGACCCAGGAUGAAGUUAUGCAACGGCGCAUGGCCCAAGUGAUCGAAGAUCAGCUGUUGGCGCCCAUGACCGUUAACGUGCUUGGAGUUCAUGGUGCGGUCAAUACACGAAUGGACUUCCUCGACCCCAUUUUCCUCCCAAUCGUUGCCAACAAGAACAACGAAAACUCGACUGUCGGUGGUGUUGUAAACACCCUCCGCAUUGCUAGCCAGAAGCUCGACGGUCUACAAAUCUUCCAACCUGAACCCGAAAUCUUCAUUACAUCCGCACAGCAGACAGACCCCUCCACCUCGCCCACCGAUGUAAACAUCGACAUCCUAGUCAAGGAGCUCUCUCGAUUCAAGCUGCAAACUGGUACCGAUGUCGGCAACGGAGAGGGUUCUGCCUACGGUUCGCUGCUAUGGCGAAACAUGUUUGGUGGUGCCGAGAUGCUCGAGUUGAACGCCAAGGCUGGUACUCGUACACGAUCGGCUUACAGCGCCAACCUUACUGCGCCUGUCUUUAGCAACUCCGACAUGAGGAUAUCAUUGGAGGGUCUAGCUUCUGCUGCCGAAAAGCCUUGGGCGUCGCAUGAGGAGGUUCUCAAGGGCGGAAACCUGCGGUUUACUUGGCUUAACGAACAGCGUGACCAGCAGUCCGUUGAGUACUCUGGUAUCUGGCGACAAAUUACUGGUUUGGCCGAGGGUGCCAGUGCAACUGUACGAGCAGAUGCUGGUGACUCUAUUAAGAGCGCUAUUAAGCACACAUUCCGCAGGGAGAGACGUGACAACCCCCAACUUCCCCAGAGCGGUUAUAUGAUUCGAUCCGGUCUUGAGAUUGCCGGUCUUGGUCCUCUUGCUGGUGAUGUUGCUUUCUCCAAGGGUGAGAUUGAGGUCGGCGGUGCUGUCCCUGUCCCCCUCCCUGGUAUCCAUGGACGAACAGGUAUCUCCAUCGGCGGUGGACUUAGACUAGGCAUGCUCUCUCCUCUCCCCCUCGGUUAUGAGUUUGGUGGCAAUCUUCGCUCCACUCGCGUAAACGAUCGCUUCCAGCUUGGAGGCCCAACGGACGUUCGAGGCUUCAAGCUUGGUGGCCUGGGCCCUCAUGAUGGUCUCGAUUCCGUUGGAGGCGAUGUCUUCGCUGCUGGCAGUGUCAACAUGCUCCUCCCUGUACCUUAUAGGGGUCCUGACUCCGGUCUACGAUUCCAGCUCUUUGCCAACGGUGGCCGUCUGGUCGCGCUCAAGGACCCCAAGAAGUCCUCCAGCGGUGGUGCCACAACAGAGCUGACUGGAUCAGAUGUCCGAAAGGGCUUGGUGAAUGCCGUUGGUGAGGUCUUCAACGGUGUUCCCAGUGUUGCCGCUGGUGUAGGCUUGGUAUAUGCGCACCCUGUUGCGCGAUUUGAGCUGAACUUUAGCUUACCCCUGGCUCUGAGAAAGGGGGAGGCUGCCACCAAGGGACUGCAGGUCGGUGUGGGAAUCAACUUCUUGUAA